GUAGAGAGAGAGAGUGACGUGUACACGACUUAUUGUCGGCUUUUUGCACAAUAUAAAAACUAUACAACUCAUUGUUGUUACACACAUUGAAAGCGACACGUAAGUCGAGCAUAGUGCUAGAAGCUCAAAGUGAAAACCCGAAACAACGAUGAUGCAGUUAUUGUGCGCAUCAAGCGUAUUGUUGUUAGUGCUGGUUUGUGGCAGCACUAGCGCAUUCUACUCACCCUCUGACGCCGUCGUGGAGCUGACGCCAUCAAACUUUGAUCGCGAGGUUGUCCAGGACGAUGCCAUCUGGGUUGUGGAGUUCUAUGCUCCCUGGUGCGGACACUGCCAGACCUUGGUGCCGGAGUACAAGAAGCUGGCCAAGGCGCUCAAGGGUGUCAUCAAGGUGGGCUCGGUUAAUGCCGAUGAGCACAACGAGCUAAGCGGCAAAUACGGUGUACGUGGCUUUCCCACCAUCAAAAUCUUCGGCGCCAACAAACGCACGCCCACCGAUUACAGCGGACAGCGUACCGCCAACGCAAUUGCGGAGGCGGCUCUCGCCGAGGCCAAGAAGAAGGUGCAAGCCGCUUUUGGAGGCGGUAGCGGUGGCAGCAGCGGCGGUGGCAGCUCAUCAAACUCUCGUGGUGAUGUCAUCGAGCUGACGGAAGACAACUUUGACAAGUUGGUGUUAAAUUCCGAUGAUAUUUGGCUGGUGGAAUUCUUUGCACCCUGGUGCGGUCACUGCAAGAAUCUGGAGCCCGAGUGGGCCAAGGCCGCUAAGGAGCUCAAGGGCAAGGUCAAACUGGGUGCUCUGGAUGCCACCGCACACCAGACUAAAGCAGCCGAAUACAAUGUACGCGGUUAUCCCACAAUCAAGUUCUUCCCAGCCGGCUCGAAGCGAUCCAGCGAUGCUCAGGAAUACGAUGGCGGUCGCACUGCAUCCGACAUUAUAAGCUGGGCCAGCGACAAGCAUGUGGAGAAUGUGCCAGCACCAGAGCUCGUGGAGAUUACGGAUGACUCGAGCUUUGACAGCGCGUGCGAGGGCAAACCAUUGUGUGUGGUCUCCGUGCUGCCGCAUAUUCUGGACUGCAAUGCCAAGUGCCGCAACAAGUUCCUGGACACUUUGCGCACCUUGGGCGACAAGUUCAAGCAGAAGCAGUGGGGAUGGGCGUGGUCCGAGGGCGGUCAACAGCCAGCUCUCGAGGAGUCUCUGGAAGUGGGAGGCUUUGGUUAUCCAGCCAUGGCCGUGGUCAACUUUAAGAAAAUGAAAUUCUCCGUACUGAAGGGAUCCUUCUCCAAGGAUGGCAUCAAUGAAUUCUUGCGCGACAUUUCCUAUGGACGCGGACACACUGCGCCCGUGCGUGGCGCCAAAAAGCCAACGAUAACAAGCGUCGAUGCUUGGGACGGCAAGGAUGGCCAGCUACCCACCGAGGAGGACAUCGAUCUAAGUGACAUUGACCUGGACGAUGAUGUCAAGGACGAGCUGUAAAGAUGCCGGCUGACACCGACAACACUUUUUCCCACUAAGACUGCAGUUCAGGCUACUUUUCUACUUAUCCAAUAAAUUAAUUCAACCAAUUGUCUGCAAUCAUUUAAACCCAAGUCGCAGGUGCAUCUGAAUACUAUGUAUUAGAUUUAGUCACUAAACGAUAUUGCGAUAAAUCGAGCAUGCAAAUAAACUACCAAUGAACAAGACCAAUACACUUUUA